UCUGAUAGAAGGUCUCUACCCUAUAAAAUGUGACCACGGCUUCUCAUCAUUUCCUUCACCGAUCAAACUCAACCAUAGAACAGGAAAAUUUCGAGAGGCUGCAAACAAUGGAUGUGGAUUUUGACCUGACUAUUGUCAGCAGUGAACCCCAACCCGAACCCCUUUCCAUCCUCAAGGCUCCGCCGAUCGCCGCCUCCUACAACGACCGGAUCCGCCCCCUGCUCGAUGCUGUCGACAAGCUCCAAAACCUCAAGGUCAUGAAGGAGGGCAUCCAGCUCCCCACCAUCGUCAUCGUCGGUGACCAGUCCUCCGGCAAGUCAAGCGUCCUCGAGUCCCUCGCCGGCAUCAGCCUGCCACGGGGGCAGGAUAUCUGCACACGUGUCCCCCUUAUCAUGCGGCUCCAAGACCGGCGUCAAGACGAAAGCCCCAAGCUCCACCUUGAGUUUAAUGGCAAGAUCGUGAACGUCUCCAACGAGGACGACGUGUCCGACGCCAUAGUCACCGCGACAAACGUGAUCGCCAGCUCUGGCAAGGGCAUAUCGAAUACCCCACUGACUCUGGUCGUUAAGAAAGAUGGCGCCCCAGACUUGACCAUGGUCGACUUGCCUGGUAUCACGAGAGUGCCGGUGCACGGCCAGCCCGAGAACAUCUACGAGCAGAUCUCGGAGAUGAUCAUGGAGUACAUAAGGCCUGAGGAGACCAUCAUCCUCAAUGUCGUGUCCGCAACCGUCGACUUCUCCACUUGCGAGUCCAUAAGGAUGUCUCAAAUGGUGGACAAGACUGGCAAGAGGACUCUGGCCGUUGUCACGAAGGCUGAUAAAGCUCCGGAGGGCUUGCUCGAGAAGGUGACGGCCGAUGAUGUCAAUAUAGGGCUUGGUUAUGUGUGUGUGAGGAACAGGAUUGGUGACGAGUCCUACGAAGAAGCGAGGCUCGAAGAGGCGAAGCUGUUCGAGAUGCACCCUCAGCUGUGCAAAAUUGACAAGUCCAACGUUGGUGUGCCUGUCUUGGCACAAAAGCUGAUGCAGAUUCAAGCCACCAUCAUGGCCAAGUAUUUGCCCGAGAUCAUCAUGAAGAUCAAUGACAAGCUAGACGCAAAUGACGCCGAGCUUAAGAGGAUGCCCAAGAAUAUGUCCUCGGUCGAGGAUGCCAUGAUGGUCUUCAUGGAGAUGAUGGGGUCGGCGAAGGAGUCGCUGAGGAAAGUCUUGCUGAGAGGCGAGUUAGACGAGUACCCGGACGAGAAGGACAUGCACUGCACUGCCAGGCUGGUAGAGAUGCUGAACCAAUACUACGAUGAGCUCCAAAACUGCCCCGAGAACGACCCGACGACUAACUUCUUGUUGGAGGAAAUUGAGGUCUUGGAAGAGGUCAAAGGGAUCGGCCUCCCAGACGUCCUCCCUCACACAGCCUUUCUCACCCUUUUGCAGCGGAAGGUGAAGGGGAUAUCGAGCAAGCUGCCGAGUUUUGGGGUAUGUGUUUGGGACUACAUUGAGGGAGUUGCGAUUCGGGCGUUGAUGCGACACUCAGAGAAUUAUCCUCAGCUGCAGUGGUCGACGAAUAGAGCAGUGUUCAAUCUGAUCAACAAGAUGAAGGAGAAGACGAUUGAUAGGAUGACGGAGAUUGUUGAAAUGGAGAAGCUCACUGACUACACUUGCAACCCUGAGUACCUGUUGGAGCGGAAAAAGUUGAUGACCCAGCAGGAUACGUUCGUUAACAAUUAUAAAAGGCGGUACAACGUUUACCUCCAGGAGAUCGGAGACGUCAACGUGACCCAUCUGUGGCCUCGUGACGAGAAGCUGAUUCAGCAGGCGUUCGAUCUGAAGAUGAGGAUGACCCCGUACUGGAAGAUUGUGCUGAGGAGGUUUGUCGACUCGGUGGCACUGCAUCUGCGGUUCAGCGUGCAGAACUUGGUGAACAAGGAGAUGGAUAAGGAGAUUUGGGGCAAGCUGAGUGGGGCCGGCAUCAAGAGGAUGAUGGAGGAAACGCCGAAGAUGGCGGAGAAGCGCUUGAAGCUGAGCAGGAGCAUCAAGCUGUUGAGGGAGUCUGCGGAGGUGGUGACCAAGUUCAUGGACCGGAUUGCUACUGACGGUGACUACCUAUGUUGCACCGACACGUUCAAAUGGCCAACGUGUCGGUAUCCGACACCGACACGCGUGUCGGACACGCCGACACGUGUGGACACGCCUCCGACACGCGGUCCACACAAUAUCUGCUUUCCGACAUGAAAUCAACUCUCCGGACACGCCUCCGACACGCGAGU